AUUCAUCAAGCGCAAGCCGUGAAUAUUUACCAAAGAUAUUAUAAAUUUAAACUUCUUUCAUUGGGAGGGAGUGGUUAACGUCAUUAUCAGAGAGGUUGAAAAAAUGAUUUUUAAGACAACAGCAGAAGAAAAGGUUAAUAAAUACCUGUGUCUCCGCGAUUCUACGGCCACUCUUCUCGGAAGGAGCUCAGUGAGGUAGAGAGAAGGAGCGGAAAUAUCUCUUGAGGUAAAAUAGGCAAAAUAGCUGUACCCGGUGAGGGCAAGAUGUCUAAACAUGAUCUUCAGCAUGCUCCAUAUGCUAAACCACCUUUUACUUUAGGUGAGAUCAAGAAAGCAAUUCCACCCCAUUGUUUCCAACGGUCUGUCCUCCGCUCAUUCUCUUAUCUUGUUUACGACCUCAUAAUUGUCUCUUUCCUCUACUACGUUGCUACCAACUACUUCCAUCUCCUCCCACACCCUCUCUCCUACCUGGCCUGGCCGCUUUACUGGAUCUGCCAGGGUUGUGUGCUGACUGGAGUUUUUGUCAUUGCCCAUGAGUGUGGCCACCACGCCUUCAGUGACUACCAGUGGCUAAAUGACACUGUUGGCUUUAUCCUCCACUCCGCCCUCCUUGUCCCAUACUUCUCCUGGAAAUAUAGCCAUCGCGGUCACCAUUCCAACACUGGUUCCCUUGAGCGGGAUGAGGUUUUUAUCCCCAAGCAAAAGCCUGAUGUCCUCUGGUAUGCCAAGUGUCAAAACACCCCACAAGGCAGAGCGCUUUUCCUAUUUGCCCAUUUUACCUUAGGGUUUCCUUUAUACUUGAUGUUCAACGCCACUGGCAGACCAUACCCCCGCCUCGCUUGCCACUUCGAUCCUUAUUCCCCUAUGUACUUAGACCGCGAGCGCAUCCAAAUCAUCGUCUCUGAUAUUGGGGUCUUCGCGACAACCUUUGUGCUGUAUAAGCUAGCCACAGCCAAGGGGGUCGCGUGGGUUUUCUGUGUCUACGGUUUCCCAUUACUCAUCGUGAACGGGUUCCUUGUUUUGAUCACGUACCUACACCACACCCACGCGUCAUUGCCACGCUACAAUUCCUCGGAGUGGGAUUGGCUAAGGGGCGCGCUCUCCACAAUGGACAGAGACUACGGGAUUCUCCUCAGCAAGGUGUUACACAACAUCACGGAUACUCACGUAGCGCACCAUUUGUUCCCCACCAUCCCUCACUAUCAUGCAAUGGAGGCCACCAUGGCUAUCAAGCCUGUUCUGGGCGAGUACUAUCAGUUUGAUGCCACGCCCAUCUUUGCCGCAAUGUUUAGGGAAGCCAAGGAGUGUGUUUAUGUUGAGCCAGAUGAUGAUAAUGGUGGCAAGAACAAGGGUGUCUUCUGGUACAAUAAUGAACUUUGAAUUGUUAGGGGAAAAAAAGGAGAAGUAACAAACACCCAAAAAAAAUGGAACGAGUUUCUCCCACUCAAUCACACGUACCGCCGGUUACUUAUUAUUAUUAUUAUUAUUAUUGUUGUUGUUGUUGUUGUUAUUGUUGUUGUUGUUGUUGUUGUUGUUGUUAUAGAUAAAAUAAAUGAUGGAUGUAAUUUGUAACAAUUAUAAUGGACGUAUUCAUGUCUCAUUAUGUAUGCCAUUUAUUAUAAUUUUUGUAUUGUAUA